AUGCCACGCAAGAGAACAAUCCACAGCCUCCCACUGAAUGUUCGCUAUGAGAUUUUCAUACUUGCUAUGACACCUUCUCAUGCCGAAUGGCUCGACCAUCCAAUAAUCUACUUAGAUUACCUCCGAACGAAGAAGGUCGUCUGGAUGGACCCAGAGUCAACAUAUUACAAUCUCAGGCUCGCAGACAAAGUGUGCGCCUGGGUAGCCAAGCGGGCUCUAUUCUCCCACUUUGUCUUCGUGUUCGCAAGUCCUUGGCCUAUGGAACUACCACGCGACCUUGGGCUGAAUAUAAAACACAUCGCCUAUCGCCCGAUGAAGUCUGGGCGCCUUUCCUCACAUGUUGCCAACCUGGUUGCCAUUCGUCGACAGUUAGAAAGUCUCAGCACAGUACACAUUGUGAUCCCACAGGAGUUGGAGAGAAUCUCGCAGCACAUUACGACUGAUGUCAGGGCAUUGAAAUAUAUUGCCCUCAUUUUCCUCAUGCGCUAUCGAGUCGCUGUCGUCGGGCAGGCUGAACAGGACGGGAAUUGGGACGUUCGAGCCGAGAUGGCCUUAGAGCCAGUAAGGGAUGCACUGAGGGGGAUAAAAGGAUACCGGCAUCUUAAUAUGUUCUACCACCCUCAUGGCCAGCCUGUGCGGAAUGCACCCACUCGGUUUCGCGGUACGGAUAUGCUGUGGACGAGGAAGGAAGACCUUGGACUGCUGGUUAACCGUAAACCGGUAGUUUCCCAGCUUGCAAACAUGGCCAUCAUACCAAGGAUGCGGUUAUAUUUAUCACUCGUGAGUACUUAUAGCGGCCUUUAG